CAACCCUAGAGAGAGUGUGUGUGUUUUUCGCUCAUGCUCAGAGUGGUCCGUCAUUGCUUUCCCCCCCUCGACCUCCGAUCGCACGCUGCCCUUGCCACAUUAUCACAUUCAGGUUGUCUGUGAUGGAUGUUUGAAGGAGUGGUGGUAGGUGAGGGAGGGUGUUGAUUUUAAGUGAGUGAGAGGUUGGAAAAAGGGAGGGCGGGGUAGGGCGUGGAAAGAGGUUUUCGAGAUGGAGAAGACUUGCACCUUGCUGGUGCAUUUCGACAAGGGGACACCGGCACUAGCGAAUGAGAUCAAAGAGCAGCUGGAAGGUCAUGACACGGAGCUGAAAGUAGAUGCGAUGAAGAAAGCAGUGAUGCUUCUUCUGAAUGGUGAAACUCUGCCCACACUGUUCAUAACUAUUGUGAGAUACGUGUUGCCCUCGGAGGAUCACACUGUGCAAAAGCUUCUGCUUCUGUACUUGGAGAUCAUAGACAAGACCGAUGCUAAAGGGAAAAUCCUCCCGGAGAUGAUCCUCAUUUGCCAGAACCUCCGCAACAACUUACAACACCCGAACGAGUACAUUCGGGGAGUGACAUUGCGUUUUCUUGCGAGAUUGAAGGAAGCCGAGCUCAUUGAGCCCUUGAUCCCGUCCAUUUUGACCAAUUUGGAGCACCGCCAUGCUUUUGUGAGACGAAAUGCCAUUUUAGCGAUGAGCGCGAUUUACAGUCUCCCUCAAGGAGACCAACUCCUUGUUGAUGCGCCGGAAAUGAUCGAGAAAUUGCUUGCCAGUGAGCAGGAUCUGUCUGCACGUCGGAACGCCUUUUUGAUGCUGUAUACAUGCGCGCAGGAUAGGGCAGUGAAUUAUCUCCUGAAUCAUUUGGAAAAUGUGUCUUCGUGGGGCGAUAUUCUGCAGAUGGUAGUUUUGGAUCUUGUGAGGAAGGUGUGCCGUUUGAACCCAGAUGAGAAAGGAAAAUACAUGAAGAUCGUGAUCUUGUUGCUGUCUUCCACAUCUGCCGCUGUUUCAUAUGAGAGUGCAGGCGCUCUGGUGUCUCUAUCCUCUGCUCCUACUGCCAUAAGAGCGGCUGGAAACUGUUAUUGCCAACUCCUGCUGUCACAGAGUGAUAACAAUGUCAAACUUAUUAUUCUUGACCGGCUGACUGAGCUCAAGGCUGCUCACAGGGAAAUAAUGGUGGAGAUGGUAAUGGACGUUCUUCGUGCUCUUUCAAGCCCUAAUCUUGAUAUUCGGCGAAAGACACUGGAUAUUGCUCUGGAUCUCAUCACGCCUCGAAACAUUGACGAGGUCGUGAUGACUCUCAAAAAAGAGGUCGUUAAGACCCAGACCAUGGAACUUGAGAAGUGCGGAGAGUAUAGGCAAAUGUUGGUGCAAGCUAUCCAUGCCUGCGCAUUGAAGUUCCCAGAGGUUGCAAGCACAGUUGUGCAUCUCCUCAUGGACUUCCUAGGGGAUUCGAACGUUGCUUCCGCACUUGAUGUGGUCUUCUUUGUGAGGGAAAUCACUGAGACAAAUCCAAAGCUCAGAGAGUCUAUUAUGUCCAGGCUUUCGGACACAUUCUAUCAGAUUAGGUCAUCUAGAGUUUGCACUUGUGCGCUGUGGAUUAUUGGCGAGUACUCUCACUCUCUGCAGGAAAUUGAGAGUAGCAUUGCUUUAAUUAAGCAAUCUUUAGGAGACAUGCCUUUCUUUUCAGCAGCUGACGAAAAUGAUGGUAGUGUAGCUGGUGACAACAAAUCUUCAUCUGGCAACAAGGCACCUCCGCCAAUCAACGUAUCUAGCGCUUCGUCAAAACGGCCUGCCGUUUUAGCUGACGGAACAUAUGCAACACAAAGUGCCGUGGUUGACAAUGUUCAUAUCUCAGGAACUUCCGCAACCUCAAAUUCAGCUGCAAAUCUGAGAGCUAUCCUCCUAACUGGGGACUUUUUUCUGGGAGCUGUGGUUUCUGCUACUCUGACCAAACUCGUGAUGCGCCUGGAAGAGGUUCAGACUUCCGGAGUUGCCUUGAACAAAAUCAAGGCUGAAAUUAUGCUGAUUUUGGUGUCGAUGCUAAGACUUGGUGAAUCAUCUGUCCUGCCCCACCCCAUAGACAGGGAUUCUUAUGAUAGAAUUUCUCUUUGCAUUAGACUUCUUUCAAGCCCGGAUGAUGUGAUCCGAAGCGUAUGGUUGAAGUCUUGCCACGACAGUUUCGUAGUUAUGCUCAAGGAGAAACAGGAUCGUGAAAAUGAGGACUUGAAGGCCAAGGCUAUGGUGUCAUAUGCACAGCCAGACGACCUUAUUGAUUUCUAUCAUCUCAAAAGCAGAAAGGGUAUGAGCCAGCUGGAACUCGAAGAUGAAGUUCAGACAGAUCUCAAGCGCGCAACAGGAGAAAUUAGCAAAGACGGCGAAACCGAUAGGAACCUGAACAGAGUUUUGCAGCUCACAGGUUUCAGUGACCCAGUGUACGCAGAAGCGUACGUGACUGUUCAUCAGUAUGAUAUAGUGUUAGAUGUGACGGUUGUAAACCGCACUUCUGAGACGCUACAGAACCUAUGCUUGGAGUUGGCAACCAUGGGAGAUCUGAAGUUAGUGGAACGCCCACAGAAUUAUGCUUUGGCACCCCAAACCAGCAAGCAAAUCAAGGCCAAUAUCAAGGUGUCUUCAACAGAAACAGGAGUCAUCUUCGGGAACAUUGUAUAUGAGACUACUAGUGCGUUGGACCGUAAUGUCGUUGUAUUGAAUGACAUACAUAUCGACAUCAUGGAUUACAUCUCACCUGCAUCUUGUGCAGAUGUCGUCUUCAGAAACAUGUGGGCUGAAUUUGAAUGGGAAAACAAGGUUGCUGUUAACACCAAUAUUCAAGACGUUCAAGAAUUUCUGAACCAUGUUGUUGCCUCAACUAAUAUGAAGUGCCUCACUCCUCCGUCUGCAUUGGAGGGAGACUGUGGUUUUCUUGCUGCUAAUCUUUAUGCUAAGAGUGUUUUUGGAGAGGAUGCUUUGGUCAAUGUUAGCAUUGAGAAACAACCGGAUGGUAAGCUGGGCGGUUACAUUCGAAUCAGAAGUAAGACUCAAGGAAUUGCUCUAAGUCUAGGGGACAAGAUCACUUUGAAACAGAAAGGCUAAGUUUUGCAGAUCCUUGCAGAUCCUUGCAGAUCUUUCAUGGUACUGCAGCUCCUCUCCAACUGAGUUCUUCAAGUAUAACAGGCACUGAAUCAUCUAGUAUUUAGGCAUUAUGCAUGUAGUAGUGUACAUGCAUGAAUGUUUCUUCACAGAUGGACCUCCAUCUAUCUCAUUCAGAGAGAGCUCAGAUUCUUCGAGUUCGACCUCUUUUCCCCCAUUCUGCCUUUUUUUAUCACCUAUUAUGCAUUCUAGUUCGUGUAUUUUCAUGUUUUUCAGAAAGAACAGUCACAUUGAAGAACAGAGUUUGUAUACAAUGGCCCACCCAUAGUUCAGUGGAAAAGUUGAGUCCAGAUUUCAAAUCUAGCCUCUUAUUUAAGAAGAGCAUCGUUUUUUACAGCGAUUGAAUAAGCUUCAAGACUCAACUGGAUAAGGGGAAGUUCACAUGCCACUGUUCUGCCUUAUGGGUGUUUGCGUCCACAGAAUUGUCUCGAUAAUUCAACUGUGGGUAGAGCCGACAGUUCCAAGUAUGGAAUCAAAUAUUCGUUUUAUGUUUCUAUCUUUUGAAUAAAAUUUUCAUGACAUUAAAUGAU